AACAAUGGCGAGCAACAACAUUGGAGAAGAAAGAAGAAGACGAAUAACAGAGAGAGGUUCCGAUCGAAUGGCAUUAAUAACCGGUCGUAUCAGUGCACUUCCACCUGCAGCUCCUUCCUCAUCUCCAACAUAUCCUCGUCAUGGACAAUCCAUGUCUGUUUCUGCAUUUGAUUCUCAUUUUGAUAAAGAAAUUUCUAAUCCUCGCCAUACACGACCUCAUUCUGUAGCUUCCUCUGCUUUUGUCUCUGAUUUUGAUCAAGACAAUGCUGACAACAAACAUGAGGCCUCUACUGCUUCAAGACUUAAACAUCAAGGAGGUUUUAAGUAUUCACAUUUUGAACCCAAAAGUGAAGAUGAACCUAUACUAGAAGAUUCUAAGACUAAAGAAACAAUUUCAUCAUCAGAAGCUAAACAAUCAGAAGCUAAACAAACAGAAUCACUUAACACAGAACAAGCAAAGAAACCUCGUAAUUGGCGCCGGCAUACAUUUUUCUCAUCGAGAGAACUAAAUUUUUGCAUUUUAGCUUCUGAGAACACGCGCGCACUAAGUUCACUGAUAAUAGCAUUGGCGGUUGUUUUCUCUUACGCAAUCUUCUCAAAGUGUAUUUUUGCUUCAAGGCCUCUUUAUAUUGUCUUGAUAACCGAUGUCACGAUUGUGGUUGCUCGCAUAUACCGUGAAAAGGCUCGAGUUUUGGAAGAAAGUCAAGGAGCCUUGGUUGAGGCUGGUGAAGAUGGACGCAAUUGGGGUGAUGCAGUGAAACUUUUGGAGAGAGGUUUGGUUUUGUACCAAGCUAUUAGAGGUGUUUUUAUUGAUUGUAGUAUUUAUUUGGUUCUUGUUGUAUGCUUCAUUUCCUUUAUGUAG